AUGCGAUGAUCCUGCCAUCUUAGCUUGACAAGCGUUUUGUAAAAUGCGUGUGUAUAAGAGCAGUUUAUAUGGACAAUUUGUUUUUAAAAUAAAAUCUAAGUAUCUUUUAGAAUUAUAAUAUCAGUGGCCAGUGGCAAUCUUCAUACAUUGUAGAGUGGUUUUAUGCCCCAUGAUAGGAACCGUUGUCAUUUUUUAAUUCUAGUUCAGUGACGCGUUUUUGAUAUACAUACCUAAUUUUUAUAAAUGGACCUUUAAGGUUGACUUUUAGGAAACAUAUCUGAUUAGUAUAAUAAAUGUAAGUAGUAGAUAUGGAACCAAAUAAAAAGUUAUCCGAAAAAUCCAAAACUUCUACUAAUUCAGAACCUGAAUCUGAGACUCAAGUCUCAAAGGAGGAAACGGCGCCAAAUUUAAAUGGAGAUGAUACUGAAAUAGAUAAAGAAACAUCAAUAGAUGAACCAGUAAAAGAUGAAAAAGAAGCUACUGCAGUAGAAAAAGAAGCUGUAGUAACAGAAAAACAAAGUGAAGAAGAAGAACAUAAAGAAGCUGAACCAGAACCUAAAAAGGCUGAAGAGGGACCUAAAAAUGCAGAAAAAGAACCUGAGGAAUCUGAAAAAGAAAUCUUGGAAAAUGAGAGUGAAAUGGAAGAAGAACCCAAAGAAAAUCCAGUAAAAGAAAAGGUAUCCCAAAAAACAGAAUCUAUGGAUACUGAAGAAAAAGAAAAUGUUGCAGAACCAGUUAAUAAAGUUGCUGAUGACAAAACAAUUACAUCAACUGAAAACAAUAAAAAUUUAACUGAAGAAGCCAAAGAGACUGCAAAUAAUGGUAAAGAAGUAGUAAAAAAUGUGAAAAAUGUUCCAGAAAGGAUAGAAAAUCCAAAGGAGAAAGUACCCAAAGGAAGGAAACGUAAAAUAUCUGAAAUUGUUAAUACAGAAAAUGAAAAUAAAACUGAAACAACAAAGGUAUUACCAACUCAAAAGGAAUCUAAAAGUGAACCAAAUUUUGAACCAUUAGUAUUAGUAAAAGAAGAACCAGUGGAUAUGGACUUAUACCCUACCAGUGUGUCAGAAUCCUUGGGCAAGGGAAAACGAGCUAGAAUACCAAACAAAAGAUAUAGUGACAUAUUAAUGUCACCAACAUCAAUUAAAAAGUCUGUUUCCAAUACAACAGAAAAUGGUAGUUUGGAAUCAGGCAAUGAUACUGAUACUUCUAUAAAGGAAGAACCUUGGCAAAGCCCAUCUUAUAGUGGAAAUUCUAGCCCUGUUGUAAAAAGAGUGAAAAUGUCCCAUACUGAUCUAUCUGAUCCUAAAUAUUUAAAACCCUUUAAGUAUGGAUGGAAAAGAGAAUUGGUUUGGAGAGGUACUUAUGAUCAAAGCAAAGGUAGGCAAGGUGAUAUUUACUAUUACACACCACUAGGUAAAAAAGUAAGAUCAACAAGAGAGGUUGCUGAAAUGUUAAAUAAUAAAGAGCUUACCCUCGAAAAUUUUUCUUUUUUUAAAGAACCUAUAGGUCUUAAUGAUACUUCAAAGGAAAUUAUUCGUGAUGCUAAAGUUAAACAAACAGAACCACUUUCUAAACAAGUGUUUAAUAAAUCAAUAAAAAGUACGCCUAUACAAGUGACAAAAAGUCCGAAAUUAUCAAAUUCUAAACUUAGCAGCCCAAAAUUAACUAACAAAAAGUUGACGAGUCCUAAAAUAGCAAGUCCUAAAAUAGCAAGUCCUAAAAUAGCAAGUCCUAAAAUAGCAAGUCCUAAGCUUACCAACAAUAAAAUUACUAGCCCUAAAAUGCCAACUCCAAAGAUGGCUACUCCUAAAUUAAUGAGUCCCAAGAUUAGAAGCCCUAAAAUGACCAGCCCCAAAAUAGCUAGCCCAAAAAUAACUAGCCCUAAACUGCAAAAAACUAAGGUGGCAAGUCCAAAAUUAGGAAGUUCAAGAAUUGCCUUAUCAAGAAUGAAAAGUUCACGUGCAGCUAGUCCAAAACCGGUGAUCAAUGAAAUUACAGAAAAUUCAUCAACUAAAACAAGCAAGAUUCUGGUAAAGAAAGAAAUGAAAAAAACUCCUGAGAAACCCGCAAAAAAGAAAGAAAUAGAGGAACCUUCACCGAUAGUAACAGUAGCGAAAAGGGGCAGAAGGGAAAGUGCCGAAGGAGAUGGUAAUCAAAGUGAAGAAUGCAGUGAAGUUGGGCCUGACAAACCCUGUCAGCCUUGUUCAAUUCGUUGUAAACCUGGUACAAUACCGACACUACAAUGCAGAGUAUGUUUGUGUCUUUAUCAUCACGAAUGUGUAGGCAUUGCACCGCAUAUUUCUCUGCCGUAUAUUUGCAAGAACUGCCAUCAAGACCAAACCUCCGACCAGUCUGCGGUAUUAAUGUCAGGAACGAUAAGCUCACCAACGAUAUUGAGUCCCUUACCUCCUUUGACACCAAUAAAUACUUUAAAGUCAUCUGGAGGCCAACCCAUCACUCUUCCUCCACCUAAACUUCAAAGAAUUCCCAAACCUACUGAUUCUGAAAUCUCAUCUCACCUACCAUCAGCCCCGAAAUUAAAAACCGAACAAAAAUCCUUGGUAGGUUCUAUGACCACCUGGCUGCCUCACAACGCCAAACUUAUCGAAAAUAUUCGCCAAGUUAACGAAACGCCAAGCGGACAGGGCAUCCACCGACCCCAGUACGUUGAAAUUUUAGGGGGUAGAAAGUUUCUCGUCAUACCCAAACAUAAUUUCAUGUCUGUAUCACCAACGGUAGCCACUUCAGCGGUAACCUCGAGGCCGAAUGUAGAUCCUAUUAACAUAGAUUCCGCUAGUUUAGGUUCAGAUCCUGUAUCCGACAUCAAAACCGAACCCGAAUCCCCUUCCAAACCAGAAAAUUCCCAAACACCGGAAGCUAUGGAAGUUGAAGAUAUUGUCGAAGAAAACAUUGGCGCUGAUUCCGCUGCAGGAGACGGCGGAACUGGAAUCCAGCAGGAUAUUAAGCCAGAGGUUGCUACUCCAAAAGCUCCAACUCCUCCCCCGGCUAUUGUCAAAACGAAAAAACGUAGCAUUAAAUUAAGCAGCAUCACAAGUUCUGAAGAAAAAGAAGAAAAGAAAUUCAUGGAAAACUACUUACAAAAUAUUUCUUACGGUUAUAAUACGUUGCUGUACAUAUUCCAAUAUUUAAAAGUUCAAGAUUUAUUAAGAGCUGGAUGUGUGUGUACAAUGUGGCGAGAUAUUGCUAGUCAUCCAAUGUUGUGGAGAACAGUUAGGAUGAAAAAUUCACAAGUUCAUAGUUUCGAAGGCUUGGCUCAUUCUCUUAAAAAACAUGGUACUAGACACUUAGAUUUAAGAAAAAUGCUUUUGCCUACAGGGGGCGAUGAAAUCUGGCCAGCUUUCUCCGAAGCAAUUGAAAAAGUAGAAACUUUACGAAGGAUAGAACUAUGUAGAUGUCCCGCUUCAGUUGUAGAAAAACUAGCAACUUCAAAUCCUCAACUGGAAAUAAUAAAUGCUGUUACUAUUAAAUGCGAAACUAUGAAUCUCGAACCUUUAAAAGCUUUGACAGAGAUUAAAGAACUUCGCCUUAAAGCUACUGGAGGAUUAACUUUAACUUCAAACAUUGAUUCUCUGAAAGAUAUGAAAGAAUUGCGACAUCUAUCACUUACUUCUAUCAGACAUUUGAAUGAAAUGAAUCUUAAAGUUGUUGCAGAAUUGGUUAAUUUAGAAUCUUUGGACUUGGGAGAGUGCACCAAUUUCCCAGAAAAUUUUGGUAGAGAGAUACUUAUUAAAUUAACGAAACUGGAAAAAUUGAGGCUCGAAAAAGGACAAAAAGAUUGUCACACGUUUGAAAUAUUAGAAGCAGUUAGGCGAAUGGAACAUUUAGAUCAGUUGGAGUUGGUAAAUUUUGACAUUAAAGCAGGCUUUGAUAAGGCUUUAGGUGUAUGUCAAAAUAUAAAGAAACUACUUAUAAUUCCAACUUACAUUUCCCAAAGCGCCACAACCAAUCAUAUGGUAUUGGGUGGUGUAUUGAGGUUACAAAAUACCUUAUCACACUUUGUUUGGGGUGUUACUUUGGAACUGUUGCGAGUUACUGAACUUUUUGUAGACCAAUGUGAGGAUCCCAAAGAAAAAAAGGAAAAGAAACAAGUAGGUAACGGUGACUGUAUACCUGUUUUAAAACCAGUACCAUUGCUGCUAGAUAAGGAUAGUGAAAUUGCGCCUGCUUUGGAACCACCUCAGGUGGAAAUUUUAGCCUUGCCCAGUUUACAAAAAUUAUUAAUGCAGAAUUUGCCCACGACGAGGGUAAAAAUUUUGAAAAUACCUUUUCAUGCAACUUGGCGACAAAGCAUUACUGAUUCUGUGAAUUAGAUUAGGUAGGAUAUUUUCAUUGUAUAUGUAACCUGGAUAUUAAACACAAGCUGUAGGAUUAGAAUCGUAUAAAUUGUAAACAGUUGACAAAACAUUUAUAUUUAUUCAAUUACAGUUGAGCCUUCAAUAUCGACUACUGAGAGGAAAGGCAUAAAUUAGUCUCUAAGUUGAGGUGGUCGCAUGACAUUUGAUCAAGAUUUAAUGAAUUGCCUCAUUCUCUUUUAAAAUGUUACAAAUCUGAUUCUUUAACACUUUAAAUUGUUUUAAAACUUAUUUAUUCUCCCAAACUCUUCAAUAGCUGCAGUUUUUUCUUUCAAUGAUAACCAUUCGUUUUGCUCGUAAUUUUUUGCCAUAAUAAUUUGAAAUAAAUUUGGAAAUCAAGGAUAGUACCUACAUCAAAGUAAAUUCAUAAAUUUUGUUUAUCUACUAAGAGAACAAACCAAAACUGAAGCUAUUGAGGAAGGUACUAGUUAUGUAUGUAAACAUUCUCGUUUACAUACAUAACAAAACACAACACAUCGUAAACAAAAGACUAAUUUUUCUUUUAAUUUUUUGAAUAUUUAUUAAGUAGGAUAAGUAGAUCCUAGAAUCCUUUUGAAUGUUAGAGUAGUAAGAUUAAGUAUAAAUCUAUAAUAUAUUUUUAUCUGGCAGAUAUCCCAAUACAAUACGCGGUUUUAUUAAGAUGCUACGUCGUAAUUUCCUCGAUAAGACUACUUGGAAGUAGUGGCAUACAUUUAUUGUUACAUCAAUGUGAUAAAAAAUAUAUUCUAUACGUUUCCUUGAAAUUUUAAUAUUGUAUAUCGUCUCGGGCGCUAUUUGAAGGGCUCGUUAGUUUUAAUAUAUAGAAAAUUAUAAGAAUGUUUUUAGAGAAUGAACCAAAGUGGUUGCUAUUUAAAUAGGUCGUUAUUGGAGUUUCAACUGUAUAUUUGUUUAAUUUAACGGAUUAUACAUACAUUGGCAUGGUUUUUUUUACUGUUUAGUUGUAGUAAUUCUAAUAAAUGCAAAAUAACUAGAG